ACAGGCGCUGAAGUGCCAGAGGGUCUGCUGCGUUUAGGGGUCUGACCGCCAGGGCGCUGGGGCGCACCGGCUCCCCCUUUGAGGCUCAGCGACGCUUGGCUGCACCGGGCUGUCUCCUCGGGCGCCCCGCUCCCCCUCUCCUUUUGGGGCACCCCCGCGUGACUAAUGUCUCCUGGCUUCCCGUAAGGAGGGGCGGGAGAGGGCGGGUCCUUGCUAAAGAAAGCUUUUAUUUUACUUUUCUUCGGACAAACGGAGCGUUCCUGCUGGGGGAGACCGGACAGGGAGGAAAAAUAUAGGGCACACGGAGGCUCCAGGAAGUUAAGUCACUUGCCCCAGGAAGCGCAGCCAAUCAGGAAGCAGCAUGUACGCACCCAUCCCCCAGAGCAGCUCUCCAUUCCCGGCAUCAGUGAAGGACCCCGGCCUGCAUGUGUGGCGGGUGGAGAAGCUGAAGCCGGUGCCAGUGGCCUACGAGAACCAUGGCAUUUUCUUCUCGGGGGACUCCUACCUAGUGCUUCACAAUGGCCCAGAAGAGCUGUCCCACCUGCACCUGUGGAUAGGCCAGCAGUCAUCCCGGGACGAGCAGGGGGCCUGCGCUGUGCUGGCCGUGCACCUCAACACCCUGCUGGGGGAGCGGCCUGUGCAGCACCGAGAGGUGCAGGGCAACGAGUCCGACCUCUUCAUGAGCUACUUCCCGAGGGGCCUCAAGUACCAGGAAGGCGGAGUGGAGUCAGCAUUUCACAAGAUCUCCCCAGAGGCCACCCCAGCUGCCAUCAAGAAACUCUACCAGGUGAAGGGGAAAAAGAACAUCCGCGCCACCGAGCGGGCACUGAGCUGGGACAGCUUCAACACGGGGGACUGCUUCAUCCUGGACCUGGGCCAGAACAUCUUCGUCUGGUGUGGUGGAAAAUCCAACAUCCUGGAGCGCAACAAGGCACGGGACCUGGCCUUGGCCAUCCGCGACAGCGAGCGGCAGGGCAAGGCCCAGGUGGAGAUCAUUACUGAUGGGGAGGAGCCUGCCGAGAUGAUCCAGGUCCUGGGUGCCAAGCCUGCCCUGAAGGAGGGCAACCCUGAGGAAGACCUCACAGCUGACCAGACUAACGCCCAGGCUGCGGCUCUGUACAAGGUCUCAGAUGCCACUGGACAGAUGCACCUGACCAAAGUGGCCGACUCUAGCCCCUUUGCCCUUGACUUGCUGAUACCUGAUGACUGCUUUGUGCUGGACAACGGGCUCUGUGGCAAGAUCUACAUCUGGAAGGGGCGGAAAGCUAAUGAGAAGGAGCGGCAGGCGGCCCUCCAAGUGGCUGAGGACUUCAUCUCUCGCAUGCGGUACGCCCCAAACACUCAGGUGGAGAUUCUGCCCCAGGGCCGUGAGAGUCCCAUCUUCAAGCAAUUCUUCAAGAACUGGAAGUAAGAGAAACAUCUCCCUGCGCCCACCUGCUUGCCUGUUUGCUCCUCCUCCUGCUGCCUGGUCAGCGCCAAGGCGCCCCUGCAGCUGUUCAAUAAAGGAGACGAGUGUCUUCCCCACUUUCUGCC